CACUUCGUUCGCAAGCAUCGCGCGGGUCAAGCAUCAUCAAAUGCCGGGUUGCGAUUUGACGCAGCUUUAGAUUCAACGGCGCGUCAAAAGAGUGUCGAACACGAUCCCCGUGCUUGAUCUCUCUUUUCACGAGUGCAUUUUCGCGUCGUCGCGUUUAAGAGUCGUCGUUCGCGUACACACACGAAUGAACAAUCCACCAAAUCGCUGUCCAUGUCACAUCCGUGCGACGUUCGACGUACAUCGGAGUCGGCCGUUUCGGAGUCCUGUGAUUAUCGCCAUCAAAUCGCGAGAUUCGAUUUAUUUACAUUUUCGCGAUAAAAGGGAAGCAAACGUGCGCUACGAUGCAUUCCUGAAGAAGACAGCGAGAUGUUUGGCAAUUGAUCGUGACACAAUCCCUCGCAAAGAAGUCGAAAAGUAAAACACAAUAUAUACGAGCAUAAUUCUCCUUAGCGAAUACGACGAAAGAUUGCGAGAAUUGUGUUUGUUGUAUUGCGUAGUAGUUGUUGCGUCCGAAGACGAGAAAUUCACAUCGUCCAAGGAGUUCUCACGGAGAGCGCAACGAGAUCAUCGCGCGAAUUAUCGCUUCCCGAAGUGGGAAACCGAUUCACAGCCGAAGAACAAACCUCAUCGAAUAACGUUCGGAAAGAAGGAGUAUUCUCGCGGAACUCGAUUAAGAACCUUUAUCUCAAAUUUACGAGCGAACGCAGAACCCAUCCCCGCCGACGAGCAGCAGAUCAGCGCAGAUCCAACAGGAAGACCUCGCCAAAAUUCGCCAAUCGACAGCAACUACGCCAACUUAAUACUCGACAAAACUUUCUGUCGAACGCAAAGACUCGAUAUCUGAUUCUUUUAACCAAGGCAGCUUCACCCACCCGCGCCGACAUCGUAGAAUGGUAGAAGGUGAACCCGACACAAAGUACAAUAUUAAGUGUGAUGUAAAAGACGAGCGGCUAAACGGUUGCGGUUCCAAGGAACUCGAACUUGCCCAUAUCGGAUUAAAGGGCAAAACACUCGAUCCAGAAAAGGGAUCCUAUGUUCAAGCUGAUUUCGAGAAAGCCAUCGAACUAAGCGAAUAUGGCAAGUUCCAUUAUUUCCUGCUCGCGGUGUGCGGCUUUGUCAGCACCAGCGAGGAGAUGGACGUGAUCUCCAUGUCCUUCAUCUUGCCGAGUGCGCAAUGUGACCUGAAGCUCGACACCCAAGCGAAAGGAUGGCUCAACUCAAUCAUCUUUAUUGGCAUGAUGGCCGGGGCGUACGCCUGGGGCUCCGUAGCGGACGCUCUCGGCCGUCGAAAGGUUCUGAUCGCCAUCUCGUUCAUGAACGCUCUGUGCAUCGUCGCCUCUAGCUUCAGCCAAAGCUACGAGCUCUUCAUGUUGUUUCGUUUCCUAAACGGUGCUGCGCUAGGUGGCAGCGGACCGGUCAUCUGGUCGUACUUCGCUGAGUUUCAGCCGAAGUCGAAACGCGGCUCCAUGUUGUCCUUUAUGGCGGCGUUCUGGACGUUGGGCAAUCUUUUCGUGGCUGGUUUGGCAUGGUUGAUCAUUCCUAGAGAAAUGGGUUUCACAAGCCCGUCGUUCACUUACAAUUCUUGGCGAAUCUUCCUGUUGAUCUGCGCUUUUCCGUCGUUCGUCGUGACGGGGUUGCUUCUGCUGCUCCCCGAAUCUCCCAAAUAUCUCCUGUCUUCCGGCAAGUACGAGGAGGCACUCGAAAUCUUUCGCAAGAUAUACGUCGUCAACACCGGCAAACCGCGUGACUCUUACACGGUAAAAGAACUGAUUCUCGAUGACUAUCAGAAGUCGAAUCUGAUCAAGGCUGAGGCCGAGGUCGAGAAGAGCAAAUUCAAGACCAUGUUAGGUGACAUCGUGGAAAACAGCAGACAGUUAUUCGUAACGCCCAUCCUUCGCUUCACGAUAAUAUCGAUCGUUAUCAAUUUCACCUUCCACAUCGGUUACUACGGGCUGAUGAUGUGGUUCCCGGAGCUGUUCAAUCGUUUUGACGAGUUCCAUCGCGAUCAGCCGGGCGUGGUGGCCUCGAUAUGUCAGGUCACCGACUACGUCGUCAACAAGGGCUCGCGCAGCGACGAGAACGUCUGCUCCGACAAGAUUGGAGCGUCCGUCUUCAUGGAGUCUCUUAUCACAGUGGCAUCCGCCAUACCCGCCAACAUCAUCGCUGUCUUGGGGAUGGAUCGUCUUGGGCGCAAAUUUUUUCUAGUGUUCAGCACAUUUUCAUCGGGAUUAUGCUCGGUCGGAUUAUACUUUGUGUACAAUAAGUAUCAAAAUCUCAUUGUGUCGGCCAUCUUCAGUGGUGCGAUCAGCUGCGGCAAUGCAGCGCUGGAUUGCCUGAUCACCGAAGUGUUCCCGACACAACUGCGCGCAACCGGCAUCGCCAUAUCAAUGGUUGCCGCUCGCCUCGGCGGGAUAAUCGGUAACAUUGUCAUAGCCCAACUCUUGGACAUGUACUGUCCGGCGCCGACCUUCAUAGUAGCUGCUCUCCUGAUUGGAGGAGGUUUGCUGUGCUUGUUCUUACCGAAUACAACACGCGAGCCGCUUUCCUGAUCCAAGUGAGAGCUUCAUUCCAGUUCUUGGUCAACAAUCUACGAUCGUCUAUACAUAUAUAUGUGUAUAUAUAUAUAUAUAUAUAUAUAUAUAUGUAUAUAUAGACCGUCUAUACAUAUAUAUAUAUAUAUAAAUUUUUUGUCGAGUAUUACUGAAUUUUAUAGUCUUUUAUCACAUUAUUUUUGCAAGUAGUAGAGAAUUAGAAUUUUUGUUGUUCGUAACAACAUUCGCUGAUUACAAAAAACCUUUGUUAGCGGAAGUUCAGCCAAACCCAGUUUUUGGCGUAACAAGAACAUGAACGUAGUGGUUAGUUUGAUACAGAGAUUUAGUCGAAUUUUAUACACAUAUUGAUAUUAGUCGUUUAAUUUAGAUACGGCAAUUAAAUUGGUGACUUUUAAAUUGCAAUAUUAUAAAUAAUCUAUUGUUCUUUGUACGUAAUUUGACGAACAUUACAUUUAUCGUAAGCAUACGUUGAAAGCAUAAAAAAAGAAAAAUAAAUAAAUAAAAAAAAGUCUGCGAAACACGCAAUCGAUAUCCCAAUAACAAACUGACUAUAAAAGAGUACAAUUAAACACAUCAUGUUGAACUUCAGGAUAGGAAGUGAAAAUAAAGUGAAAUAUUAGAAACUA